UAAAUCAAAGUGACGUAUUGCAUUUAAAACAAAAAUCUAUACUACAUUAACAAAAUGUAUUUAUGGUAUACAAAACUCACCAAAUACCGUAUAUAGCAAAUAACAAACCAUUUUGCUUUAGACCUUUACAGUAAAGAGAUUUUUAUGAUCUUAUGGGGCCAGUCUAACUCCUGCCCCAGCACGACCAGUUGAAAAUCAGACAACCUCCCAGCUCUGAUCAGCACACCAGUGCUACCAUUACUGGAAUGUCCAUUAAGAAAGAUAAACAGUGAUGGAGGAUCACCGCUAAAACCUGUUCCCUAAAACCAUACUUCAAUGAGUAAACAGCACGCAUUAACGUGUGAGCAGGUGAAGGCGAAAAACAGUGAGAACAUUUUAAAGACCACGAAUUUCCAAGCACAGUGUGCUAGUCCCGUGAUUCUGACGUCAUUGUGGGCAAUUGUAAACUUCUGGGGCAGUGUUUGUGAUUUAGCUAAAACUACUUUGUCUUUCAAAAAAAAAAAAAAAAGGAAAAUGUCGUUUUGCUGUUGUUUCUGUCCCAAUGAAGCUAGUACUACAUCAACCCAAGCAGAGAGGCAGCCUUUAAUGCAGUCCAAAUCGGCCAGGCAGCUGCGCCGUCCAAAUCCACAAUCGACAGCAAAUGAUGUGUCACAGAAACAUGGAAGAUUCAUUGCCAAGCAUGUGGAAGUACCUGAGCUCGAUCAAUGCUUUGUCGAUAUUGCUGACACAUUUAAUCAACAAGCAGAACAUUACCAAGAUAUGGGUGGAUGCCUGGAACGACUGAAGGCCAGCUAUCAGUGCGCAGCGGGCAGCAGUCUUACUGAUUGUUUGCAGAGAAUGAGGGAAGAGCACAGUGCUUUUAAUAUCGCCAUCCAAAUGCAGGGCUAUAACUUCUCUGUCAUCGUGAAGCCAGAAAGCACCCCCGAUACCAAACUGCAGGAAGCCCAAGAGCUGAUGAAGAAUCUCAGUCAGGCCUCCAAAUCCAUCGCAGCAGCCAGCACCAAGCUGCAGGAGAUGAUCACCUCAGUGCUGCAGAGCGAGAGCGGGAUUACACACAGAGUGAAGGAGGCCAAGCGGCCCUACCAGGAGCAGAUACGGGUCGAGGCCAACCUGAAAGAGAACUUUCAGGAGGUGAAGAGAAUCAAGCAGCUGUCCAGUCAGUACCGAGAAGAGGCCAGCAGUCUAGUGAACGAGGUGGCACGACUCGCUGGCAUAACUCUUUGAAUUGACAGGAGCUUAAUGCAUCUGGUAUGUUUUUUCUACUGAUAAAAUAUGAAGGAUAAUGAACGGCCCUUUUUAAGAACUGAAAAUAGCAUCACUUUUGCAAUCUUUCUUCAGAGGACAAGUAGACAGAAUCAGGAGGUCUGAUCUUUUGUAGAAAUAAGAAAAAAAGUUGUCCUGGAUUGAAUCGGCAUGGGAAAUAAACAGCCUUCCCAAUCCUAGUACAAGCCUGUAGGUGAGAUAUAUUUUUAUUAUUAAUAAAAUAUAUCUGGCAUCUAACAUGUUCUUCCGUAUGUUUAUGAGCUACAGAACAUUAUUGUGAAGAAAAAAAGUUGCAUGCUUACAAAGUAAACAACCCAAUAUUUUUGGUGUACAUAAACACAUAUUAACACUUACACACACAUGGAAAACUCAACCACACACAGCUAUGGCAAAUUCUUCUGUUGUUUGAGCCCCUCUGUACAGUAUAAUCUUGAUUAUUUGAUUAUUUCACAAACAUCUCCAUUAUCUGAACAGUUACCUGCUCUUGUAACCUGCCCUGUUAUGUGUAACAGAAAAUGUUCUAACCAGUCCUUUAUAUCUGGUAUUUACACUAGGGGUGCUAGGUUCUGUUUUAAUUUUAAUAAACGUUUAAACUUUUAAAAAUAUAUACUUUAAACGCUGUGUAAGGGGGGUGGUACGCGUCCCCCUCUGUGUGGUCUAACAGCAGGAGAAAAACGGAAGUUGGCCAUCUUGGGUGAAGUGUGUUAGCUGCAAGGGCUCUGAGCAUUUUAAAAUAAAUAGCUUUCAAUAAACAGGUCUUUUACAUCGAUUUUUCUACUCUCCUUAAAUGAAAUUAAUACCUGUAAAUCCAUUUGUGUAUCUCAAUCACAACUGAGAAACGUGUUAAUAGUAAGAUUGGUUUAAUUUGAGUUUUUUUUUCUGAGAAACCACUAAACGGGCUUUUAAAUCGUAAGUCUUACUUUUUCAUUUAAAGCGACUCCUCUUUAUUACUUUAAAUACAGUUACUCGUCAUAACGAUUGUAACAUGUGUCCAGCAAAUUCUCUUUAGUUUUCAUUAUAGCUUUAAUAAAGAUUAUAGAUUAAUAGUCACUUAUUAACAUGUUGCAAUCUAGUUUGUAUGAUUAAGGCUACAAUUAAGACUUGGCCUGUUUAAAAUCCCAUUAACUUGUAUGACAAAAAAAAAUAACUAAAUUAAAUCAAAUACAUUACUAAGUUAAACCUUAUAUAUAAAUAAAUGUAUAGAAACAGUGAAGCAAUAUGAAAAAAUAACAUAGGCGGUACGAUAAUGGUCUGUUUUGAUUAGAGGGCAAGAAUUAAUUGCAUUGUUACUGAAAUGUUAUUCAUUUAAAUAGUUUGUACUUAUCUGACAGGCAGCAGUAGAAAAAAAAAUAUAUAAACAUAAAAUGGAAGAAGUGUUCUCUUAAAAAAACAAACAAAAAAAAAACAUUAAUCUUACUCAACCCUCAAAAAAACCUUUAAACUGUAAACGAUUUACACGCUAAUUUACACUAUAGUACAGUACUCGGUGUCAUGUAUUUUAAAGUAAGGUGGUAAUGUUGAUACAGUUUAAAUGUUAUAGCAAUAAUUAUAUUAGCUAUACACUCCCUGAGAUUUUAAGCAAAAACUGGAAGGAGUAGACCUGAGUUCCUGAAACAAUGCCUGGGAGCUACAGGAAAGAAUAUUUCAGAAGCUAAAAAGACAAAAAACAUGAUGUGAAAAUAGCUGAAAGCACUUGCACCACAGAUCUCUCUGUCUCUAUUCCUCUCUCCCUCUUCAUCCACCAAGAACCUCAGUGUCACCCUCGACUCCUUACUCUGCUGCUCUCAGCACAUCUCUGGUAGGCUCCUGUUGCUUCUUUCUCAGCAACAUACACAGAAUUCGCCCCUUCCUCACUGACUAUAAGCAGCUCCUAGUUCAGGCCCUGGUACUGUCACGCCUUGAUUACAGCAACUCCCAUGUGGCCAUCUUCUCCUAUCCAUCCACUUCAGCUCAUCCAAAACACUGCUGCCCGCCUUGUCUUUUCCCUUCCUCAUUUGUCCGACGCUACACCGCUGCUCCCUUCCCUCCACUGGCUCCCUGUCGUUGCUCGGAUCCAAUUCAAAACUCUUGUACUCGCCUAUCGCUGUCUCAACCUUUCUUCUGUCUCCAGACUGUCAUUUCUCCCUACACCCACUCUCGCCCCCUCCGCUCCCCCGCCACCGGUAGAUUAGCUGUACCCCCCCCCCCCCCCCCCCCCCCCCUCC